ACAUGAAUUUAUGUAAAAAUAACGCUUUUUUGGAGGGUCAAUUGAGUUUAAUUUAUCCUUUGUUCAAUUGUUUUUGUUUUAGUUAUUAAUGUGACUUUGUUAUUCCAUUUGUUAAAAUCAUAAUCAUUGGAUUUUAAUGUCGGGAUCACCUCUAAUGGAAAAAAAUAACUCGACCAAUUUUUACACCGCUCGGCAAAUGUUGCUGAAGAACCACAAGCAGAAAAAGAAUUAUGAAAACUGGUCUAGUCAUCCCAUAUUCAAGAGAACAAAUAAAAACAACAAUAAACGACAUCGAACAGAUGAAUCUGAUGGUGAAGGUGAUAAUGAAGUUGAAGUAGUAUCAAAAGAUUCCGUCCGUGCUGAUUUCUUAGCUAAUAAGUUACCUGCUGUUGUUAAACCGUUUGUGCAGCCAUGUAAAAAGGUCCAAAGCUCACAAAAAAUUACCAGCUCCACUAGCUCUCAGAAAGCUAAAAAAAAUGAUGAUGAUAAUGAAGGAGAAGUUUCAAAAGAGGUUGAGGAGAUAUUACAGCAUCCAAAAGCGAAAAAUUUGGAUGCCAAAAUUGUCGAUCGAAUACUCAACGAGAUAAUCGAAAGAACUGAUGGUCAGGGCGUCGAUUGGUCAGACAUUGCAGGAUUAAAAUCUGCUAAAGAAAGUAUCCGGGAAAUCGUUAUAUUACCCAUGCUGAAACCCCAGUUGUUCGUUGGUCUUCGCGCUCCAUCUAAGGGAAUUCUAUUAUUUGGUCCUCCUGGUACCGGUAAAACAUUGAUAGGGAAAUGUAUAGCAAGUCAAUCGCGAUCAACUUUCUUUUCUAUUUCUGCAUCAUCUUUAACUUCCAAAUGGAUUGGGGAAGGUGAAAAAAUGGUUAGAGCCUUAUUUGCCAUAGCCAGAAUCAAGCAACCAGCAGUUAUCUUCAUUGAUGAAAUUGAUUCACUUUUAACUCAACGAAAUGACUCGGAACACGAAUCUUCUCGUCGAUUAAAGACUGAAUUUUUAGUUCAAUUUGAUGGUCUUGCUACCGAUCAUGAAGAAAGGUUACUUGUGAUUGGAGCCACUAAUCGUCCCCAUGAACUAGAUGAAGCUGCAAGGCGGCGAUUUAAUGCAAGACUUUAUAUUCCACUUCCAAACAAGCAGGCUCGCUGUGAUUUAAUGAGAAGACUCAUUGCUGCUGAAAAACAUACUUUGAAUGAAAGGGAACUAAAUGAACUUUGCGAACAAACCAAAGGCUACUCUGGAGCUGAUAUUUGUUGUUUGUGUCGAGAAGCUGCCUAUGGCCCGAUUAGGCGAGUGAUGCCUGAUUUAGAAAAAUAUGAAACUAAAGAGUCUCUUCCACCCAUUACUUACCAAGACUUUACUGCCGCACUGGACACAGUUAAGGCAACUGUUGCCCCAUCUGAUUUGACCAAUUACAUCGAAUGGAAUAAACAAUUUGGACGUAAAAAAGAUUAUGCAGAGGAUGGUGAUGAUGAUUAGAAUAUUGUUUAUAACUCCUAUAUAUUUAUAUCUGUAUUUAAUUCGUCUGUAUCGAUUUGAUAAAAAAUUUAUUGUAUCCAUAAUUUCCAUAAUGUUGACAAUCAGAUCACAAUCAUCAAUAUAAUAGUAAACUCGGAACCACAAGUUCAAACCAAUCGAAUUGUUUUUUCUCUAAAAAAGAUAUAAAACUGCAAUAAAGCACUUUUAGCUACUA